UAGAUAUUGUUAGAGCUGAAGACAAUCCUCUCUGAUCAUAUCCAGAAUCUACACAUAGAUUAAACUCUCCAUUUUUCAACCUCCCUCCCUAAAAACAAGUAAACCCUCAUAAACCCCCUCCCAUUAACUCACCUCAAAUCGUUUCUACACACACAUUUCUAGAGUGAGAAACUCUAGAGAGAGAAAGUCAAGCCAUGGCAACCCCACUUCCAGAUGAUUUCAAAUGCCCCAUCUCUCUCGAAAUUAUGUCCGACCCUGUUAUUCUCUCCUCCGGCCACACCUUUGAUCGGGCCUCUAUUCAACGGUGGUUGGAUUCCGGUCACCGGACUUGCCCAAUUACCAAAAUACCCCUGGCUGAGUCCCCUGUUCUUAUUCCUAACCAUGCUUUGAGGAGCUUGAUUUCUAGUUACUCCCUUGUUUCUUUGCCAAAAUCGAAAAAUAACUCCGACCCACAAAUUCUGAUAUCGAUUUUAACAACCCCGUCUUCGGCUCUUGAGGAAAAGUUGAACUCGCUCGACCAACUCAGUCGACUCGCCAAGCGUGACUCAGUGCUGCGGCGGAAGCUUACUGAGUCGGGGGCCGUGUCGGCUGUGCUGCGGUGUGUUUCUUCGAAUGUGGCGGCGUUGGAGGAGAAGGGGCUGAAUUUGAUUCUUCAUUUGAGUUUGGAUGAUGAUAAUAAGGUUGGGUUGGUUGCUGAGGGUGCAAUUGGGACUAUAAUCGGAGCUUUACGUGGCGGUAGUGGUGGCUAUUGUCGCGCUGUGGCAGCGACAACUUUGACCAGUUUAGCUCUCGUGGAAGUGAAUAAAGGGACAAUUGGGGCUUACCCCUUUGCGAUUUCAACAUUGGUGUUGCUUAUUGAGAGUGGGAAUGUGAGGGAGAGGAGGGAGGCUACGACUGCAUUGUUUACAAUAUGUUCUUUUCCAGAUAAUAGGCGCCGGGCUGUGGAAUGUGGUGCGGUGCCUGUUUUGUUAAGUGUGAUUGGAUUAGGGGUUGAGAGGGCUAUUGAGGUUUUAGGGUUGCUAGUGAAAUGUAAAGAGGGGAGAAUUGAAUUGGGGAAGUAUAAUUGUAUCAGCAUUUUGGUUAAUGCGAUGAAAGAUGGUAGUUCAAGAUGUGUCCAGUACGGGUUGAAUACAAUACAUUUGCUUUGUUACUAUAGUGAAAAGAUGUGUGUCGAGGCUGUGAAAGAAGGGGUCUUGGAGUUAUGUUUGGGUUUGUUGGAGGAUGAUAAUGAGAAAGUGAGAACAAAUGCGUCGAAUUUGGUUAAGAUUUUGAGGAAGAGGAGUGGCUGAGACGUUCAGAAGUUGGGUUGAUUAUGGAAUGUGAUUAUGCUGUUGGUUUUAAUCUGUGGAGACCCUCUAUCAUUGCAGAUAUGCAAUUUUUUCGGCCUUUAACUUGAAACAAGGUUCAGUUCUGCUGUUUCUGCAUAUAAUGCAAACAUAUGCUGUCAAUUCACAUCAGGGGAGCAUUAGGGCAUUAGACAUGUUUAGCUAGUUUUCUAUAAUGUGGUCUACUAAAAAACAAGGCAGAACUGUUAGCAUUGUGGCUUGUAUGUGAUUUUAGAUUGCGGUCAUAGAGUCCCGUGCUUGCUAUCUGGACUCUUGCACAGGUGCAAGAAGCUAAAAACAGAUGUUUUGGAACUGGCUACUAGCCAGGCCAGGUGGAAGCUCUUUGCUUAUGUUAUUAAAGUAGUUUUAGAUGUGUUUUCUCUUCUACGCCACCACCCCCUUUGAAUUGAUUCAUGAGUAACAAGAUUAUAGUUAUUUAGC